AUGGAUAACUGGCCCGAAGGACCCCGUUGGGCACUGGUAUACGGAGGUAACACAUAUGUAAUAUAUCUAGUGCUGCCUGUCCUGGUGGGUGGCAUUAGACGAUGUGUUUUGAUGUCUUCUGGCAUCGGUUAUAUCGAUGAUAUCAGAUGCCCUUUCCCAGCACUUCUACUUUUCAUGGUACUUACCGCGCAAAUGUCUCCCCAAAAUCUCGCGACGACAUUAAACAUCGAACCUCUGGGAUAUAUUAUCAUCUCAGACGAACCAGGAGGACAUAAUCAAGGGGAUAUCGCUGCUGAGCCAACUUUGUGUACUACUCGAGUCUUAUACUUGAAUACGGUCCUUGAUCCGUCUGGACGACUUCCUUUCUCUCGUCUACCACCUGAUAACCGAUUGUACCAUAGCAGCGAUGACCACGACCUUGAUGGGAAUGGUCCCACAUUCUCACUGCAACACCUCGUCUCCUCGCUGGGCCGUAGUAUAUGGUGGAAACCAAUUUAUAAUCUUCCUGGUAGUCCCCAUAGAGGGACUGUGGAACACCACGUCCUUGCGGGGGCAUUGGGAGUCGAUGACGAAUAG